CAAAUCUAAGGAACAUUAAAAAAAAAAAAAUUAACUCAAAAGAUAUAUUAGUAGUACUUCGCAUAUUUUAUCAAAACACACACGCGGUUGUUCAACUAGUGUUUUAAAAAAAAAGGUUUCCUUUUCUAUAAAGAUAAAAUGUGAUAAAUAAAAAAGCGGUAAAAUAAGGACAAAUUCCGGAUACUCUAAUCAAUGGCGAAGCUUACAUCGGAGAUGACACUAGAUAAAUUAUCGUCAUCGGAUCUCCCGUUCGACGUCGUUUCACUUCUCAAUUAUUGCCGUGAUCACAUCCAUGGAUUCCCUUCCUCUGCUUCGCCGUCCCUGUCCUCCGUUCGUCAGUUUGGGCAUGGUCAAUCAAAUCCUACAUACUUGUUGGAAAUUAAUGUUGAUGGUAUCUUGAACCGGUAUGUCUUGAGAAAGAGGCCCUCUGGAAAACUCCUCCCGUCUGCUCAUGCUGUGGAGAGAGAAUUUAAGGUGUUACAUGCACUGGGUACACAUACCAAAGUACCAGUUCCUAAGGUCUUUUGUUUAUGCACUGAUACAAGUGUGAUUGGAACUGCUUUUUAUGUAAUGGAGUAUUUAGAUGGUCGCUUGUUUUUAGAUCCAACACUUCCGGGUCUGGAACCGCAUAGAAAGAAUGCAAUAUAUCGCGAGUCUGCUCGGGCACUAGCUUCUUUGCAUCAAAUUGAUACUGAUGCCAUUGGUCUAGGAAAUUUUGGGCACCUUGGAAACUAUUGCAAAAGACAGGCAAGAAGGUGGGGAAAGCAAUACAUGGCAUCAACUGCAGGGGGUAUGCCAAAGAGAAAUCCUAAAAUGCUUGAGCUAAUCAGCUGGUUGCACGAUAAUUUACCUUUGGAAGAUUCAUCUGGAUCUGCUUCUGGUCUAGUCCAUGGUGACUUUCGGAUUGACAAUCUUAUCUUCCAUCCAAAUGAGGAUCGAGUGAUUGGAAUUCUGGACUGGGAAUUGUCUACUCUUGGAAACCAAAUGUGUGAUGUUGCUUACAACUGCUUGCAUUACGUUGUGGAUUAUGCAAGUGACAAGGUAGGCCAGGACAAAGGAUUGGAAGAAGCUGGAAUACCAGAGGGGAUUCCUUCAAUGGCUGAAUAUGUAGCAGAAUACUGCUCUGCCGCUGGAAAACCUUGGCCUGCUGCUCACUGGAAGUUUUACAUUGCGUUCUCUCUGUUUCGUGCUGCAUCUAUUUAUGCGGGGAUCUAUAACAGAUGGAUUAUGGGUAAUGCUUCGGGAGGAGAGCGAGCCAUCCAUACUGGAAUCAAAGCUGAUAUUCUAGUAGACUAUGCAUGGUCGUUUGUAGCAAAAUCUGCUGUACUUCCAGAGCGUCCUCCAUCUGAUCAUAUCCAAAAGCAUAGAGAUCAAAAUGACAUUGAAGAUACAUUAGAGGAAGGAGGCAAAUUUUCUUUUAGUCAAAGGGUUGUGGGACUCAGGAACAAGUUGAUCAAAUUUAUGGAGGAUCAUAUAUAUCCAAUGGAGAAUGAGUUCUAUAAACUUGCUUUGUCUCCCUCUCGCUGGACUGUUCAUCCUGUGGAAGAGAAGUUAAAGGAGCUGGCAAAGAAAGAAGGUUUAUGGAACUUAUGGAUACCUUUAGAUAGUGCUAUACGUGCUAGAAAAUUAUUCUCCAAUGGAAAAAUCCAGAAUUCUUUAGGGGAGGGAGGUGGUCAACUACUUGGACCAGGACUGUCAAAUCUUGAAUAUGGACAUCUGUGUGAGAUUAUGGGCCGUUCUGUUUGGGCUCCUCAGAUUUUCAAUUGUGGGGCUCCCGAUACCGGAAAUAUGGAGGUUUUGCUACGCUAUGGGACUAAAGAUCAACUAGAACAAUGGCUUAUCCCCUUGCUUGAUGGCCAAAUACGUUCUGGUUUUGCAAUGACCGAACCACAAGUAGCAUCCUCCGAUGCUACAAAUAUAGAGUGCUCCAUUAAAAGAGAUGGAGAUUCUUAUAUAAUUAAUGGAAUCAAGUGGUGGACAAGUGGGGCUAUGGAUCCAAGGUGCAAACUUCUCAUCGUUAUGGGUAAAACAGAUUUUGAUGCCCCAAAGCACAAGCAACAGUCCAUGAUCCUUGUUGAUGCUAAAACUCCUGGGGUACAUAUUAAGAGACCCCUGAUGGUGUUUGGCUUUGAUGAUGCCCCUCAUGGCCAUGCUGAAGUGUCCUUUCAAAAUGUACGUGUGCCAACCAAGAACAUUUUACUUGGAGAAGGUCGUGGAUUUGAAAUUGCUCAGGGUAGGUUAGGACCUGGAAGGCUGCAUCAUUGCAUGAGACUUGUUGGUGCAGCGGAGCGUGGUAUGCAAAUGAUGACUGAAAGAGCACUUCAACGUAAAGUGUUUGGUAAACUGAUUGCUGAGCAAGGCUCAUUCCUCUCUGAUAUUGCCAAGUGUCGUGUAGAGCUAGAGAAAACUAGACUUCUGGUUCUGGAAGCUGCUGACCAACUUGAUCGUCUUGGAAACAAAAAGGCCCGUGGGACCAUUGCAAUGGCUAAGGUAGCUACUCCAACUAUGGCGCUGCAAGUGCUGGACAUGGCCAUGCAGGUGCAUGGCGCCCUGGGCUUGUCCUCUGACACUGUCUUGUCACAUCUGUGGGCUACGGCAAGGACCCUGAGAAUCGCCGAUGGUCCAGAUGAGGUACAUUUGGGUACUAUUGCCAAACUGGAACUGCGAAGAUCCAGGCUUUAAGGAUUCUAGAAUAUGCAGAAACAUAAACUUAAUAACUGUUGUAGAUUGCUACUGGAGAAAGAAAUAAAUGUUGUGAAGUUAUGUAGAAUGCAUCCAUGAGAAAAGGGCAUUGUAGGCUCAGCAAUGUAAUUGGUUAUACACCCUGUAUCUUAUUAAGGUAAUUGAGAAUGCUCAUAGAAAAUACAAAACUGUAUUUCAUUUGAAAUUCUGUAAUUGGGAAAAUUCUAGUGUUUGAAUGGCUUAAAAUUUGUAAUCGGUCAAAAUUCUGUAACAGUUGAGAAAUUCUAUGAAACCAAGGAUUUAGAAUUAUAGUUUA